AUGGGGGUCAGGGCUACAGGUCGGCAGUCGUUCAAUGUUGAGAUGGUGGAGGAUUUGGUUUUGGUCUUCAUGGACAUACAAGCUGACUGCACUAACUUUGCUGGUGCAGUUUUUCCUCACAUUGUUCCAAACAGACUUCAGUUCUUUGAAUAUGAGACUGUCUCUGUACAUUGCGAGGUAGAUAACAACAUCACUGAAUGGAGAGUGAAGUGGAAAUCCCAUAAAAUAAAGAACGCUUCCUACACAUCAGCAUCACCCUGCACCAUUUAUCCCACCUUUGAAAGUCACAGUGGAGAAUACUGGUGUGAAACUGAAGAUGGAAUAAAAAGUGAGGCCCUGAACAUCACUAUUACUGCUGGUUCUGUAAUCUUGGAAACCCCGACCCACCCUGUGAAGGAGGGAAAUGAGGUGAACCUUAAUUGUAAAAACAAGGAAACUCAGUCAGAACACAUAACUAACUUCUACAAAGAUGGUGUCUCUCUCGGGACCUGGAAUCAAAGCAGCAUGAACAUCAAAAAUGUCUCCAAGUCUGAUGAAGGACUCUACAAGUGCAGCAUUGAUGGAGCUAGAGAAUCACCAGAGAGCUGGUUAGCUGUUUUAAAACAACAUCAUCAAGCACCUUACAAUGAGACUGAUCUUUCACAUGAAGUCCCUAAAAUAUCACAUGAUGAAUUCCCUAAAACACACCUUCUGCUUUGGACUGUUAUCUGUGUUUUACUGGUGGAUCUGUUGUUGUUGUUGGUGGGCCUGCUUCUUCAAAACAAAUGUAAAGUAUCAGCCUGUUUUUCAUCAGUACAAGGUUCACACUCAUGUGAAGACAACACAGAACUGAAAGUGUCCAGACAACGCAUCGAGACUGUGAUAUAUUCUUCAGUGAAUUGA